CAACAGCAGUAAUUGCUUGUGAGUCCUUUUUUUUCUUGUCAGAGCACGCGAGUAAUUGCUAAUAAGAUGGCCCACUUACAGGCCCACUUCUUGCUCAAAACUCUCACUUCGGGACUAUCUAUGGAGGGGGUGCUGCGUCGUUACUCGAGAUAUCAGAAUGUGCAAGAGAUUUUGUGGACAUCCAAAGUUGCUGGCAAGCAUCUGGUCAGUUGUAUCCUGCAGAAAAGCUGACAAUAUCACUUACGUGCAACACUGUUUAGACGAUCCUUCGCUCACCAGCGAUCUGAGGGCGUCUGGUCGGGAGUUAAGGAGGUUGGGUACCCAUUCGUUCACGUCUUCUCCUAAGGUUCAUUCCAUGCGCGAUCCUCGGGUUCGUUUCACAGCUGAUUGCUGUGUAGAUCAAAUGCUUGGCAGGCCUCAGGCCUCAGGUACCAGUGCCUGUGUGAAUGUUCCUAUACGUAGUACGGACUAGGUUAGGGUGGCCACUCAACAUGUUCCAACUCGAUGCCAUCAACAUGCAGGCAGAGUAGUAUGCCAGUAGUAUCACUAUCAAGGACGGAGCUGUCGUCUACCAAGGAAUUCAUGGUGAGU